AUGUUAUUACUUCUUUUUGCUGCAGUAUCGUGCCAAGUUUUUACUUGUAUGCAUGAUAUCCACAUGAACAGUGAACUUCGUAAGAGCGAACCAGAGUCGCUUCGCAAUCUUCACGAUAUAACAGCUGCUCUUAAUCCAGAUGGAACCAAUCCAACAAAUUCAACUAAUGAUACUCUCCCAGCACACAAUCAUCUUAGAAUUCACUUCAAUAUGGAUUCGAUUAAUGAUACAUCAAAAGAUAACCAACAAUGCACUGCUGAAGGACAUCCACAAACUAAAUGUCAGAAAACCGAUGUUUUGAACCAAGCCAAGCGCGAUAUCAUUUAUUCUACAUUCACGUACGUUGAACGGUAUUUGAGUGAAAAUAUUAAUGUUACAGAUUGGGCAAGGAGUAAUGACAAACCAUGCGAUCUCGAAAUCGAAGUCUAUGCUCGAGGUGGCAGUUUCGGUGCUAAAUCCAGCGGUCUUGCCUUUGCAAGUUCAUCUCACUAUCAUCAACAAUCACAAAGACCUAUCUCUGGCACUAUCACAGUUAACCCAUCAAAGUUACCUUCUGAACCACAAACAAUUGAAUCCGGUGAUCGCCAGUUCAUUAUGACCGUCAUUCAUGAACUGAACCAUAUUCUCUCAUUCAGUUCAUCAUUGUUCGGCAAAUGGCAUCCAAAUGGUCGAAAUCAAACAGAAAACAAGAAAGUUCUCCACUACACCAAUGAUAACGGUGUCGAGAUCAGCGAAAGCGACUACACAUCAUACAAUAGCACAUUAGUUCCACACAAGUACGUCAGAUCCUAUCGCCUUACUAAAUGGGUCAAUGAUAGAUUCCAUGUUUUAAAUCACGCACUCAUUGGACUUGGUCUUGAAAUUGAAGACUCCGGUGGUUCCGGUACAGCUGGUUCCCAUCCAAACGAAAAGCUUUUCUUCACAGAUCUCAUGCAAGGUAGAACAUACGGUCCAGGCUGGCUUUCACCAAUCUUCUACAACACAUUGUUAGAUACCGGAUGGUAUGUUCCAUCCCCAAACCUCAUCGAAGACCUCAUUUACUUAGAUGACAAAUUCAAUACAAAGAUCUCAGUAAACGAGUCAAUUCUUUUGAAACCACCACAGCGUUCUAUUCCUCUUCCAUACCAAUGCCAAUCAACCUCUCUCCAGGCUUGCUUCUACGAUUACACAUGGACAGGCACAUGCUCACUUGUUCCAUGGAACGAUCCAGAAAAAGUUGAACCGGAAGACAGGAAUAAAAAAGACUGGUACAAUCCAAACGAACAAUCACUUGUCGGCCAGGAUAACAUGCUUGAUUACGCAAACUUAGUUCUUCCAUGGUAUUCAUGCAGAUCAACAGGUGACAAUGGUUUGAAGCGUAUGGUUGAGUUCGAACCAGACUACAACUACUCCAAGUAUGGUGAAGCAUUCUUACCGAACUCAACAUGCGCAAUGUCCACACUUCAACAAGGUUUCACAGGCAGCUUGCUUUCAACAUCAAGAUGCUACGAAGCAUGGUGUGGUACAGAUAACAGAGUCAGAUUGAUUGUCAACGGUGAAGAGUACUACUGCAAGAAAGAUGGUCAACAAGCCAAGUUCUCUGGUUUCGCAGGCUCCAUUACAUGCCCACCUGCCGCUCAAGUCUGCGCAAACAGAAAAUUAAAAGAGAUAUUUGGUGUUACAUCUCUCUUCCCAGAUCGUGGACCAAUCGAUGGACAGAACUUAGUCGCCAUCGUUGGUAACAAUUAUAAUAAUUACCAAAAUGUCACAAUUACACUCGGUACAGUUCCUUGCGAAAUCAAGGUUUACAAGGAUAACUACAUCCUUUGCAAGCUUCAAAAGCCAGAUGAUACUACACAGAAGUUAAUCAGAGAGAAGUCUAAUAUAUUGAAGCAGACACUUGACACAAACACUGAAAAGAAUGAGUACAGAAUGUUCAAGGCAUUCUACGUUGUAAAGUCUACAAAUAACAGAACUAACACUACUUAUCCAGAUUCAUACUACUUCACAAAGAGGAAGUAUGACACAGGAAUGAAGGACUAA